GCGGGGCAGGGCGGCGGGAACGGCGGUGGCGGCGGCGCGGCGGCCGCGGGCGCGGUGGCGGCGAUGCUGGGCAACGCGGUCGGCGGCGGUGGUGGCGGCGGCGCUGGCGCUGGUGGUGCUGCAGACGCCGACGCGGACGACGGUGUGCCGCUGCUGCCAAUGCCUGGGGAGGAGGAAGGGGACGCGGGCGCGGGGGCCAUGUGGGCCAUGUGGGCGGGCGGCGCGGCCGACGAGGGGUGA